CUAUGUCAAUGAGGACAUUGUUCAGGUAGAUGCUAUCAAAACAUUUCAGGUUGUUGAACAGGUGGACAAGUUCCAAACAUUCUUCCUCCUCUUGCCCGGGCGCCCCUCGCUUGUAUGACGUCACUUCCUGUCUGGACAUGCUCGCUAAUGUUUGUGUUUUUUUUUUCCUCUUUCGUCGAUCUGUCCUGCUACAUUAACGGUGGUACCGGAUCGUUGUCGGUCUUGUCUGCGGUUCUGUACCAGGGGAUUUAGGCGUCAGUGUUUUGUGCUUUGAAAGUGUCUCACAAAAAGAACGUUUUUAAAAGUUCGACAGUAAAGAAGCGGCGGCUGCGUCGUCGUUCGUCAUCACGUUACGUCACCACCAAAGCGUUAUUAAAAUAUAUAUUAGUUUAUUCGCUGUUUUGUGGAUAAUAAGCUCGAUGUCAUGCACGGAAUCACUUUGUGCUCGUUAGCCUAGCGACAUGUUACGUUCAAUGACUUCACCCUGCACGAACCCGUAUGAGCCAUAUCAUUUUUACCGUACAUUAAACAACAAUACGGUACACUAUUAAUAACACGCAGACCAGCAGGACCUAGCAUGACACGCUAACAUCAAGUUAACAUUAACAUUUUUUUUUACAAAAAUUGUUGAUUACAUAAUCUCUUGAAUGCAAACAAAACAGAAGUUGUCCCUUGGCUUCAACAGCAAUCGUCACAGUAUCACGUUUAUACCACAAUGUCACACAAAAGUCAACAUUCAUAUGUGGAUCAAGAAACCUGUUUCAAUAUGUUUACAUCAUUAUGCAUUUGUCAGUACCAUACUAUUCCAUAUACUGCUUUGUUGCAAUGUUGUGUAUUGAAACUACAUCAACAUCAGUGUUGUCAAUUAUGAAUGCUGAUUCCACCCAAAAGACAAGUCAUUGGUGACAUCAGGACACUCGUUUGAGACACAUCUUCAAGCAGGAUGCAAGCUACUGGCUGCAGGUGCACCGCUUGGAGCACGGCGAUGGCGGCAUCCUGGACCUGGAUGACAUGCUGUGUGAUGUGGCGGAUGACAAAGACCGGCUGAUCGCGGUGUAUGACGAACAAGAACCCCACCAUGGCGGAGACGGCACCAGUGCCAGCUCCACGGGUACGCAGAGCCCCGACCUGUUUGCCGCCGACCUCAGCGCUGGCAGCGGAGCAUCGGCCUUUCAGCCCUAUCAGGCAGCCAGCGAGAUCGAGGUUACACCGUCCGCACUGCGCACCAACAUGCCCCUGCAUGUACGCCGCAGCAGUGAUCCCGCAUUGUUGAGCAUCAACGGGCCGUUCAGCGGCGCCGAGUCGCGGGUCCAAGCAGAAGAGCCACCAUCAAGGAAGAACCCGACCCGGUGGUCCACCACUGCCGGCUUCUUAAAAGCUCGCCACUCCUCUGGCUCGAGCAGCCUGGAGAGGAAGGCUAAGGGUUUGGACACGUACCGCAGUCUGCCACGGGACGCGGGAACAUGGGCCAAUCAGAGAGAGUUCCAGAGGGAGACGGCCCGCUCGUCUCUUAGCGCCAAUCACCCCAUGGUGGACCGCUGGCUAGAGAGGCAGGAACAGGAGGAAGAUGCGAGACAGCAACAGGAAAAUGGACGUAUCGAGCCGCUUGGCCGUGUCGACUCCAGCAUGGUGGACCACACCGCCGUGAGGUCUCUAGAAGACAUAGUCAAAGUGGUGGAGGUGACAAACGAUGGCGGGCCUUUGGGAAUCCACGUGGUGCCUUUCAGUGGCAGGGACCGCAGGACUCUUGGCUUGUUGGUCAAGCGUCUGGAGCAUGGAGGCAAGGCCCAGCAGCAAGGCCUUUUCCAGGAGAGCGACUGUAUCAUCAGAAUCAAUAACGGAGACCUGAGAAACAUCCGCUUUGAACAAGCCCAGAACAUGUUCCGCCAGGCCAUGCGUUCUCCGGUCAUCAUGUUCCACGUGGUCCCCUCAUCCAUGAAGGCCAAUUAUGAGCAGCUGUCCCAUGCCGAGAGGAACCCCGCGUACUCCUCAGGCCGCUUCAGCCCUGACUCCGUGUCCAGCAGCGCCAUCUUGGAUCACACCACCCCUCACAGGAUGUCCCGACACGGCUCCCAAACGCACUCGCACUCUCACCCUCACCCUCAUUCAGACCAGAUUGAUGGCUACCCGCCCUUAAGUCAUCCGGCUGUCUCUGCUGCAAAGCCUCCCACUGGUCAGAUCCACUCACCUCCAAGGAACUCAACUCCGACCCCUGGUGGCUACAGCAAAAAGGUUGGGAGGAGGCUCAACAUUCUGCUGAAGAAAGGGCCGGAAGGACUCGGCUUCAGCAUCACUUCACGCGAUGUCCCCAUCGGCGGCUCGGCGCCCAUUUACGUGAAGAACAUUCUUCCACGGGGAGCUGCCAUUCAAGAUGGCCGCCUCAAGGCUGGUGACAGGUUACUGGAGGUAAAUGGAGUGGACCUAAAUGGGCGGACACAGGAAGAGGUGGUGUCCAUCCUCAGGGCCACACCCAUGGGAGGCUCGGUGGGGCUGCUGGUCCUCCGCCAGGAGGAAGCGUUUCUCCUUCGAGAAGUGGCUGCUGAGGCCCAGACGAAGAUACAAAGCCCCAGAGAUUUGAAAACGGAAGAAGAUGAGCUGGUGCUGACUCCGGACGGCACCAGGGAGUUUUUGACCUUCGAGAUCCCGCUCAGCGACUCGGGCUCAGCCGGUUUGGGAGUCAGCGUGAAGGGCAACCGGUCCAAGGAGAACCACGCCGACCUCGGCAUCUUCGUCAAGUCCAUCAUCAACGGAGGGGCCGCCUGCAAGGACGGGCGGCUGCAUGUCAACGACCAGCUGAUAGCGGUCAACGGGGAGUCGCUCUUGGGCAAAACCAACCAGGACGCCAUGGAGACGCUGAGGAAGUCCAUGUCCACGGAAGGCAACAAGCGUGGGAUGAUCCAGCUCAUUGUUGCGCGUCGAGUUAGCAAAAGAAGUGAGGAGCCACCAGGAGGACCGCUGGGAUCCCAGCAGGCCGCCAACACGUCUCUGGAUGAUCAUGAACGCCGCAUCUCACACUCCCUUUACGGCGCUCUGGAGGACCUGGACGACAACUUGAUGCCUCGACAAGGCAUGAUGCCGCGUACAGUUGGCAACUACCAGCUCUCUCCGACCGUCAACAUGCCGCAGGACGACACCAUCAUCAUCGAAGACGACCGGCCGCCGCUCCUCUCGCCUCAUCUGUCUGACCAGUCUUCGUCCAGUUCCCACGACGAUGUCGGCUUCAAUACUGACGUGACGCCGCCGUGGGCCAAAGAGCUUCCCGCUCCCAAUGAGAGCUCCCAGAGUCACGAUGCGAACCAUCCUGAUGCCGCCUUCCAGCGGGAAGGAUUUGGACGCCAGAGCAUGUCUGAAAAGCGCACCAAGCAGUUUGGGGACGCAUCCCAGCUUGAGAUCAUCAAGACGCGCAAGUCCAAAAGCAUGGACCUAGUAGCCGACGAGAUUAACCUCAGCCCUCUUCCUGACACCAGCACAGGGUCCUCUACGAGGGACGUGGGUCCGUCUCUGGGCUUAAAGAAGUCCAGCUCCCUGGAGAGCCUCCAGACGGCCGUGGCCGAGGUCACCCUCAACGGCGACCUUCCAUUCCACAGACCCCGCCCUCGCAUCAUCAGGGGGCGAGGCUGCAACGAGAGCUUCAGGGCGGCCAUCGACAAAUCGUACGACCGGCCGGCACCCACUGAGGACGAGGACGAGGGCAUGGAGACAUUGGAAGAGGACACGGAGGAGAGCUCGCGCUCUGGUCGAGACUCUGUGUCGACGGUGGCUGACCAGACACCUCUGUCGGCGCCGGAAAAGCUGCUGGUCAACGGCACCAACCAAACCAAAGAGGAGAAGAAGGACAAAGGCGGCAAGGAGAAGAAGAAGGGGGAGGCGGCGAGGGACAAAGACAAAGAUAAAGACAAGGGCAAAGCAAAGAAGGGAAUGCUGAAAGGACUGGGGGACAUGUUCAGGUUCGGGAAGCACCGCAAAGACGAGCAUCCAGGAGACCGGAUGGACCGUAAAGGAUCUAGCAAGUGGCGGUCAGAGGAGGCACACGUUUCUGAUGAAGAGACGCUGAAGAUGAGGAUGGAGCAGGAGAGAAUCCAGGCCAAGACCCGUGAGCUGAGGGAACGCCAAGCACGGGAACGGGACUACGCCGAGAUUCUGGACGUGAGCCGCUUGCCAGAGCGGUCCUCCGAGGAAGAGCACGCGUAUGCGGGCAUCAGUCCACUGAACAAUGGUGGGCACAGCGUUCGCGGCGACUACCCCCGCAUCCAGCACCAGCACCAGCACUCGGACUCCCUUUACACCCAAGUCAGCAAGGCCCGCAUUGAGCGCCCCCCCUCUGCAGACAGUAACCGGCUCGCCCCGAGCAACCAUGACCGGAUACAAAGGCUGAGACAGGAGUUCCAGCAGGCCCAGAACGGUCCGGACGACGCGGACGACCGGCGCCGCACGUUCAGCUUCGAGCAGCCCUGGUCGAGCGCGAGCGGACAGAAUGGUCAGAGUCAGCCCGGUCGCCACUCGGUGUCAGUGGAGGUCCAGAUGCAGCGUCAGAGACAAGAGGACUCCUUCGCUCAGGCUCAGCGUCAGUACAGCUCGCUGCCACGGCAACCCAGGAAGAAUCCUAGCUCCAUCUCUCAGGACUCAUGGGACAAAGCGUACCCUCCAGGUGAGAGCUUUCAGGCAGCCAAGGACAAUCCCAGGUACUCCAGCUAUCAAGGAUCCAGGAAUGGCUUCCCGAGUGGCGGCGGCGGUGGUGUCGUGAACGCCAGAGUCCUCCUGGAAGCUCAGGAGCUGCUGAGGCAGGAGCAGCGACGUAGAGACCAGGAAGCUAAAGGGAAGCUAGCACAGGAGGGCUCGCCAAGCUACGAGCCGUAUGCCAAGGAUCCCGCCUCCCCCAAGGGGCCCUACCGCCAUGACGUGCCGCCUUCGCCCUCACAGCUGGCCAGACUCAACAGGAUGGGCUCGGAGAAAGGAAGACUCUUUUAUUCCUGAGGACGUAGCAACCAAGGACCUGGCCUGGAGCUCUCACUGCCUGUCUGCGGACGCCAUCUUUGUUGUCUGACAAUCACAUGACGACUCCGGGGUGCCACGGUGUCACAUUUUGUGUUUCCAUGAAGGUUUAUAUUUUUAUUUUAUGCUAAUAUGCUAAUAGCAACACAGCGUGCAUAUCAACGUCAUGUUCCUCCUCCCGAAUUAAGAGAAGAGCAAUACUGAGUUGCUAAUAAAAUACUAGCCCCUCCCCUCAUGAAUGAUUCAUGAAGCGGCGUCUCAGCUGAGAAGACAUCUCUGAUCUCCCGCCCGAUGCGCCCCACGCCCCUCAGCCCCCCCAAUUCCCUCCAAGCACCACUCCAGGCUCGACUGGCUGGCAUGGCCGCCUGCAGCUCCUUGUUGUGUUCAUUAGUCUGGUAGCCGUCUUUCAACCUCCACCACCUCAUUCACGCUCAACACAGCUUUUCCCCUCCUCGUCUCCCCGGGCGGCUUUCGAACGCUUCAUUUUUCAUUGCGAGCCGCCUGCAAGCCCCACACAAAUAUCAAUUUAAAUCCCCCCUUUUCGCCAAGAUUGUAUACUUUUUUAAAAACAUUUUAAAUGUGUAAAAAAUUGAGCCUUAAACUGAAUAAUAUAAUAUCUUUAAGUGUUGGACAGCACAUGUUUUAGUUUAUCUAAGGUUACAAAUGUGCUUGGCCAGUCCAGAGAUUAAAAGUUAAUUUACUCUAGACACAAUUAGCAUAUCAGCCCGUUAUCAUUCCAUGAAAGUUGUCAUUUUGUUAUGGGUUUCCUCCACUCCUGCUAAAAGCUAGGCUAAGCUAGGCUAGGCUAGGCUAAGCUAGGUAAUAUUAGUGAUGUCGUUUAACAUUUGGCCAAGAAAUGAAAUCAAAGUAUGAUUUUAAUUGUUAUAAAUUUUUGAGGUUUCCAGCACUUUGACUGACUGGAAGCUAACAAGCUAGCAUGAACGUAUCAUGCAUCAAUAAUAUUACUUUGAUCUCACUGAGAAACACAAAAGCGAAAAAAUAGUUUAAAAGACGAAUUCCACCCAGAAGAAAGUGUCUGGAAGUUGUCCUUUUAAAAUUAUUCAUAUUUCCUCUGAAAUAUCCAUCAUUUUGUUAUGGGUUUCCUCCACUCCUGCUAAAAGCUAAGCUAAGCUAGGCUAAGCUUGUUAAUAUUAGUGACAUCGUUUAACAUUUGGCCAAGAAAUGAAAUCAAAGUAUGAUUUUAAUUAAAUGUUAUAAAUUUGUGAGGUUUCCAGCACUCUGACUGACUGGAAGCUAACGAGCUAGCAUGAACGUAUCAUGCAUCAAUAUUAUUACUUUGAUCUCACUGAGAAACACAAAAACGAAAAAAUAGUUUAAAAGACGAAUUCCAACCAAGAAGAAAGUGUCUGGAAGUUGUUGUUUUAAAAUUCUUCAUACUUCCUCUGAAAUACCCUGCUUGUUUGUAGUCACAGGUACAGGCUGUGACGUUGCAAAGUGCCUGACAUCAUCAUGAUGAUGAUGAUGAUGAUGUAGUCCUUCACACACAAGGAUGGAUGAUGAUGUUUUUUAACACAUUGUUGAAAUAUUUUACUAAUGUCGUGGUACUCCUUCCUCAAGCUUCUUUUGGUUUUGGUUAGCGGCCAUUUUGGACACUUGCCUUUUAGAUGUGUUUAUUUUUGAAAACGAGGAAAUGGAAGCUGAUGUGCAAUUUGUCGCUUUUUCUUUGUCAUUAUUAUCCUGAAACAUAUGUGUACAUAUCAAGUGUAGAAUAAAAGUGCUUCCUGUUUACAG